CGGAAGGAAAGCGAACAUCAAAUAAAAACUCUCCGUACAGAUCGUAGAGGAGAACUUAUUUAUACUCUGUUCAUGGAGUAUUGCCGCAACAACGGAAUCAAAAGGUAGCUGACGGUCCGUUACACACCACAAUAAAAUGGCAUGGCAGAAAGGAAAAACCGCACGAUUGUGAUACUUGAUAUAAGUGAAGACUCGGAUAUGCCACUCAUACUAGGACGUCCCUUCCUUGCCACCACCAAGGCGUUAAUUGACGUUAAUGAGGGAACCUUGAUUCUGAGGGAUGGUGAGGAGAGGAUCACUCUUGAAACUGAACCUAUGGCUAGGAAUGAGGAUGUGAAGGAAUUGGUAUCAGAUGAUUUGAAUCUGAGUGGAGGAGAGCCUCUCAAGGCGAACCCCACUAUUACUUUUGUUACUAUGAUGAUGUUAAUGAAGGAAGUAAAGGAGGGUACUAUGCCUAAAGAGAGGAAGAAGAAAGCAUGGAGGGAGAAGAGGAAGCAAGCUUUGGCCCGAAAAGAAGGAGAAGGGCAAAGCUAAGGUUGUCGGCCAAGAAGGCCACCCCAUGGAGCUUAAGUUGGGAGGCUACAUGCCUCGCCCCGAGAACGUGGUGGAUCCACUCUCGGUGGCAUCAUCUUCUGAAACACCCUAACCUGGCCGGGUACUACUUUUACUAAAAUGCCCCUGAUAAAAUAAAAUACUCAAGUCUUGAAUUGCAACUGGGAAAAUUUUUCAUAAAUAAAAUACUGAAAACACA